GGUGCGAAAUAUUUCCGAGCAAAAAUUGGCCAACAAAUGGAGGACUUCAAGAAGAUCUGGCAGAGAAACUGCUCCAGCUCAAGCAGCAAUGCGAAGGAUGUCAUCCGCCCGCUGGUGGAAGACAACUGCUCCGAAUUUGUGUUGGCCCAUGCCAGACGCGAGCUGCGUCCAGCUCGCCAAUUCACAGAGGUCUGCCUGCUGCCGCACAUCCUGGAGCGCAUGAGGAAACUGGGCUUGGACAAACUGCUCCGCCUGCAGAGCUACACAUGGCCACAUUUGGCCGGAGGAGCCGAACAAGGCGCCAUGAUUGUGGGUGCUUCGGGCAGUGGUCGCACCCUUGCGUACAUGCCACCCGUUUGCCAUGCGGUUUUCAAGGCCAUCACGGAAAGCAUGAGCCAGCUGAAGGAUCUGGAGCCGGGAGCCUGGCCGCAGGGGCAGCUUGGCCCCAUAGCCCUGAUUCUGGUGCCCGAUCUGGGUCGCGUCCGCCAAGUGAGCGACCUGUGCCACGCCCUGCUGCCCAGGGCAUUUAACGAGGAGUGCUUCACCCUAACCCUCAACGUUCCCUCGACCAAGAGUUCGGAGUUCUUUCUGCGGCUCCUGAAUGGAGUGGGUUGCCUGGUGACCACCCCUACCCAGCUGGUCUGGUUAUGGCAGGAGGCUCCUUGUCUGAGGCGCUUUUCCGACCUUCAGUUCCUGGUCUACGAUGAUGUGGAUCUGAUGUCCGCGGAUCAGCUGGAGGGCGUGCAGAAGGUGCUGCGGAAGAUCAUGCCCCUAACACACUCGCCCCAGGUGGUGAUGGUGUCCCAGUCAUAUAGCUCCACGCUAAUGGCCAAACUAAGAGCACUCAAUGGCAACCCUGCUCUGGUCAUCGGCGACAUAAUGGAGGCAGCUCUGUACGGUGGAACACGCAUGAAUGUUUCUCUGGUUCGCUCAUCAGCCAAAGUCAAUGCAGUGGUCCAGUUGCUGCGCCAACGUCCUCCCCACGAAUACCGCACGGUGAUUCACUGCGUCGAUGAUUGGCAUAUGCAGCGCCUAGAGAAGGCUCUGAGGGAUCAGGCCUACAACUGCCAGCCCUACUACCAGAACUCAAACCUGCCUGCUCUCCAGCAGGUGCCGAAUAGUCGCGGCGUUAUUUUACUAUGCACAGACAACUGCAAGGAGCUGAGCAUCCGAGAUGCGCACACCCUGAUCCACUACAGCAUGAGCGACUCGUGGAGCAAGUUCAAAAUGAGACACCUCAUGCUGUCCGGCAAUCUAAGCAACAGUCUGGCAGCCAAAGCCAACCCAGUGAAGGUGCCAUUGCAUUCUCUGGUGCUCCUUGACGAAAACAACCACCAGGAACUUCCGCUUCUUGUGGACUUUGUGCAGCUGCACCAGGAGGUGGAUCCCGGCGUAGUGGCGGUGGCCAAGCGUAUACGCCAGGAGAUGGACAAAGCCAAGAGCGACCAGCAAGCUCUGUGCAGCCAGAUUCUAGUGCUGGGCAAGUGCUACGAUCCAGUCUGCCAGGAUCGUCAUAACGUAAGUCAUUUGGACAGACGUCCUGACCACAUACCUGCAUCCGGAGAUGUCAAGGUGCAGUUGGUUAAGGUUUACUCGCCGACGCACUUUUGCGUUCGCCUACUGGAGCACAUGCCGCUGCAAGGCAGCUGGCAGACGCUGCCCCAUCCGGAAGUGCAGGAGAUUCGCAUGCUGCACAAGCUGGAAAUGGCAUCGACUCACUACUGGCCACCGGUGGUCGGAGCCAUCUGUAUAUACCAAAGCACGAUCGCUAAGGAGCGGGUUCGCGUGCUGGCAGUGGCGACCAUACAGAACGUCAAUAUAGUCCAAUCCGAUUUGCCGGUGAAAGUCCAGGCCGUGGACGUGGACACGCGCAUCUUCUCCACCACCUGCGGACUUCUGUUCCAGUGUCCGGAGUCAGUACAGCGGGAGCCACCGUUGGCCAGCGAUCUGCGAUUGCUCGGGUUGGUGCCGUACACCGGGGAACGCAGCUGGACUGAAGAGGAUGGCCGCAAUGUCAAGUUAAUGCUGACCCAAUUGCCCAAGGACUACUUUCUUCAGUCCAAAAUUCAGUUCGCCACCGCAGGCACACUGUACGUCCGGGAUCUGGUGGCCAUCGUGUAUGAGGACCAACUCGAUGUGCAUCUGCCGCGUCUGAAUCUUGCCGAGGAACUUGUCAAGACCACUUUGGCAAAAAGAUGUGAGAAAGCGGCCAACAUGAUCCUGAACUUUUUCGGGGAGGUGUUCAUAGAAAAAGAUAUAGGAGAGAAGGAGGAGAAGGAUGUUCUGGAGCAGAAGUUGCUGGAAACUAAACCUACGAUUGAAGACGCAUCAAAUAACCAGACGGCCAAACCAUCCGUCAAAACUAAAGAAGGUGCCGGGCCGAAAUCAAAAAAAGAACCAAUUGCCGUGCUGAACGAGUGUUUUGUAAACUGCGCCCUCUUACAGAAGGGAGAUCCUACCUCAUCGUCCAGACAGGACUCCACUCAAGCGGGCAUCGAUCCAGUUAACCAAGCUCAGACACAAUCCCCAAUACCGCACAUGGUGGUACGACCGUUGAUCUACCAUCAGAACACCACUACCUGGGAAUUUGACUUGUACGUAAUAGGAGGUGAUUACGAUUUCGGUUAUUUGAACGAAGACAGCGAUGAAAGUGAAGACGAAGACAGCGAUGAAAGUGAAGACGAAGAGCAGAAUCUGGACGACAUUGAUCGUUAAGACUACAGUGAAAUACCCGAAUAACAAACUUAAAAAUGAAUUUUAAACGUUUCGCGUUUAAAUCAAACUUCAAUUGAUUCACAAAAAUUUUAAAUCUUUUUUUUACAUUGCUUUAACGAAAAUGUAAAUCUGUAUUUCUGCGUAAACCGACUUGCUCAACACUGUUCAAAG